CAACCCCGUGCUGCACGAGCCUCUCAAACUUCCCAUUUUUAACCGUCUGUCUGACCCAGCUGGUACAACCGCACGCGCCACCGCACGCGCCCACACACCCACACCCACGCCCGCCAAGAAUUCAUCACUAUGGCUAUGGCUAACUCGCUCUGCUACGCGGGCCCCUUUCCCGUUAAAACCCCUUCAAAACAAUCCCCAGGGCAACUGCGCGGAGCGUGCGUCGUAAGGCGCUCGCUUCCCUAUUUGAAAUUCACCGCGAGGCCCGCGUCCUUCUCUCCGCCGGCUUUGGUGGUUGCCGCCGCCAGCACAGUGGAAGCCGAGCCGCAGGCAAAAUCUCCGACUCCCCCGAAAGUUCUGCCUUUCCGCGUGGGCCACGGCUUCGAUCUUCACCGGCUGGAGCCGGGGUAUCCCCUCAUCAUCGGCGGUAUUAAUAUUCCUCAUGAUCGAGGCUGCGAAGCUCACUCCGAUGGCGAUGUGUUGCUACACUGUGUGGUCGAUGCAAUACUGGGGGCACUAGGGCUUCCGGAUAUUGGGCAGAUAUUUCCGGACACGGAUCCUAAAUGGAAAGGCGCGGCAUCUUCUGUUUUCAUGAAGGAGGCGGUUAGGCUGAUGCAUGAGGCCGGUUACGAGCUUGGGAAUUUGGAUUCGACUCUGAUACUCCAACGACCGAAGUUGAGCCCUCACAAGGAGGCCAUCAGGGCCAACUUAUGCGAGCUGCUUGGCGCCGAUCCCUCGGUUGUGAACCUCAAGGCCAAAACUCAUGAGAAGGUUGACAGUCUUGGUGAGAACAGGAGUAUUGCAGCACACACAGUUGUUCUUCUUGUGAGGAAGUGAUUUUCAUGGCAAAAACAGAAAAUGUGUUUGGACCAUUACUGUCUGGAUUAUUACCAAUCUGCUGAAAUUUGGGCUAAAUCCCUCUAAAAUGCUUUUUCUUUUUAAAUAAUUCAUGUUUCCAUAA